AUGCCCUCCAUUACCACAAUAGACGGUGUAGUAUUUGCCCCAGACCUCACGAAGCCCGAUAGUCUGGUCCUACGCAACCUUGCCGCCGAUAUUCGAGCUGCAUCGGCUGGAAGGCAGGAAACAGGGCUACGCCGCAACCAUGUCUGUCCGCCAGCGGGCAACGGCUCAGCGCAGGCGGCUACUAAAGAGGAGGCCUCACAAGUCGGAUCAGGCGAUGCGGACACGCUGGCUACGCUGAGCGCUAUGAACGACCCAAAGGAUGCUCGGUUUGAGCCAACCGUUUUCAGUGGCACGGACAUUAACGAUAUUCGGCUGCCCGCCUUUCUCGACACUUGGGUCUUACGCCCUUACAUUCGCAUGGCCCGGUCCUUCGCCCGCGUUGACACGGAUGUGGUGAUGAUCACACAUCUCUUGCUGUACUUUGCGACUUCCGUCCCAAGCGCGGCGUUGCUCUUCUGGCAUUUUACCUGGGCCCAUGGCUUGCUCCAUUUCAUCAUGCAGGUCAGCUAUAUGGGCACCUACACGCUUAUGAUGCAUCAGCACAUACACAUGCGUGGUAUUCUCCGUCAGCGGUUUUGGGUGUCGGACGUGCUGUUUCCGUACAUCACUGAUCCGCUGAUGGGCCAUGCCUGGAACUCCUACUAUUACCACCACGUGAAGCACCAUCAUGUAGAAGGCAAUGGACCUAACGAUCUCUCCUCCACUGUCCGGUACCAGCGCGAUAGUGUUCUCCAUUUUCUACACUAUACUGCGCGCUUCUUUUUCCUUAUCUGGCUUGACUUACCGUUAUACUUUAUAUGUAAGGGAAGAUCCUAUCUUGCUGCCAAGGUGGCGUUUUGGGAGGUUGGAUACUACGGGGUGCUGUACGCGCUAUAUCACCUUAACCAUCGCGCCACGCUUAUUGUGUUCCUACUGCCUCUGCUGCUACUCCGAUCUGGCCUGAUGCUGGGCAACUGGGGCCAGCAUGCCUUUGUCGACCAUGAUGAGCCAGACUCAGAUUACCGUUCGAGCAUUACAUUAAUUGACGUACCUAGCAACCGCUACUGCUUCAACGACGGCUACCACACCUCACACCAUUUAAAUCCGCUUCGGCAUUGGCGCGAGCAUCCUGCGUCCUUUGUUAAAGACAAGGGACUCUAUGCAGCACAGCAAGCCCUUGUGUUUCAUAAUAUUGACUAUCUUAUGAUCACUGUGCGGCUACUUAUGAAAGAUCAUUACACACUUGCGAAAUGUAUGAUUCCUAUUGGAGACCAGAUCCGCCUGACUCUAGAUGAACGAGUAGCCCUACUCAAAAACCAUACAAGGCAGUUUUCAGAAGAGGAGAUUCGUAUCAAGUUCAAAUAA